UUCUCAAGCCUUUAAUUCGGUUUGAUAAUUGAGUAUCGAAUCGUGGGGAAGUGGGACUGCCUGUGUUUUUUCCCCCCCUUUUUACUAGAAGGAAAUUCAGACAUGAGUGACACAAAGGUAAAAUCUUCACCCAAAGGAGUAACGGCAGAUGAGGGCUCAUCAGAGAAGCGUGGUAGAGGGCGCCCACGGAAAAAAACCCAGGAGUCAAGUGGCUCCCCUACAAGUAAACGAGCACGGGGACGUCCUAAAGGCAGCACUAAAAAAGGAACCAACAAGAAACCUUUAAAUACCAAGAAAUCUGAAGGAACAACUGCAGGUAGUGCUAGAGGUCGACCUUCUUCUAAAAAGCAGGAAGAAGAGGAAGGUGGUACAACAGAGUCAUCUGAAGACCAAUGAUGUGUUCCAUAUGUUCUUUGUUCUAAAAAUGCUCAUCAUACUUUCCAGGCAGUAUUAUCUUUGUGUAAUACAAAAUAGCUUAUUGAGAAAGGGAACAUUAUCUGAUUGGUUAGCUCUGUGUUCAUCAAACCUGUUCUCAGAACACUGCUGCAGUCUAAUUUGAUGCUUAAGUUUUCAAUAAACAAUGUUAAAGCCUCUGUAACUCACCUACGAUGAAACCGAGAUAUCCUCAACAUUUUUCCUCUUAGUGGAUUCUGAGAACAGUUUUUUGAAGAAGACUGAUUUUAUAAGCAUAUAU